AUGCAUUUCAUUUAUUUCUUCUUCGUCUUCCAAUUGAGCAGUAUUCAAACUACCGCAGCGCAAACGGAUCAAACAGAACCGUUGGACUUGUCAAUAUCAAAAGUGAGAGAUGAAGGGGAUGGACCACGAGGCUUAUCAGUGGAAAAAGAAAAUGAUGAAGAAAUUGGAUUGCAAGUAUUUCAAACAAAAUCCUUGGAUUUAUCAGUUCCAAAACUGAAAGAGGAAGGGAAUAAAUCACAAGGCUUAUCAAUGGAGGGAGUAAGUUAUGAAGGAAUUAAACCGCGACGACAGCUCAUUCCAAUGAAAACUUUAAUAGAAGCAAUGGAGCAAGAAAGAAAAACGAGAAAUAAGCAACGUUGUGAUAUAUGUCGGAAGGAGGUAAGAAACAUGAAAAUACAUAUGAUGACUCAUACCGGGGGGAAGCCAUACAGUUGUCCAAUAUGCAAAAAGGAUUUUGCUCAGUUUGCGCAUAUGAAAGAACAUGCAAUGACUCAUACCGGUGAGAAACCGCACAGUUGUCCGAUAUGCAAAAAGAAUUUCACUCGGUUCAGGGAUAUGAAAGGACAUAUGAUGAUUCAUACCGAUGAGAAACCGCACAGUUGUUCGAUAUGCAAAAAGAAUUUCACUCGGCUUAAAAAUCUGAAACAACAUAUGAUGAUUCAUACCGGUAAGAAACCGUACAGUUGUCCGAUAUGCAAAGAGAAUUUCACUCGGUUCAGGGAUAUGAAAAGACAUGUGAUGGCUCACACUAGUGAGAAGCCAUACAGUUGUCCAUUAAGCAGAAAGAAUUUUACUCAUUUUAUGCAUAUGAAGCAACAUAUAAUGACUCAUACCGGUGAGAGACCGUAUAUUUGUUCGAUAUGCAAAAAGAAUUUCACUCGGCUUAGAAAUCUGAAACAACAUAUAAUGACUCAUACCGGUGAGAAACCGUACAGUUGUCCGAUAUGCAAAAAGAAUUUCAUUAGUUCCUUUAAUAUGAAAAGACAUAUGAUUACUCAUACCGAUGAGAAGCCGCACAGCUGUCCGAUAUGCAAAAAAAAUUUUACUCUGUCCUAUAGUAUGAAAAAUCAUAUGUUGAUUCAUGUCGGUGAGAAGCCGUACUGUUGUUCGGUAUGCGGAAAAAGUUUCCUACGAAAACAUGAUUUGCAGUCUCACACGGCAACUCAUGAUAUGAAUAGACCUGUCUAUCACUGCAGUGUAUGCAAUAAAGAUUUGAAGAGCAAACGCGGCUUAAAAUUACACAUGCGGAAUCAUUAA